CUCCCCCCUUAGGGGGGAAUUUUCCCCCUCCCGGGACCACUCGUAGAGUGAGACCUAUGCCCCCGUGGAUGGACAAAGACAAUGAGAAUGGUGAACUAAAGUAUUUGGUGCUUCAAAUGGCAAAUGAUUCUGUCUUGCCCGUAAACCCGUUCAUCGUAGGUAAAACCAUCAAGGACGCCGUUGGCAGUGAUCUUAGUGAGUUUGGCCGUAAAAUCGACAGUGGAAAGAAGCUUUUGCUGAAAACUAGGAACCAAAGCCACUUCGAGAAGCUUCAAAAAAUUACAAAGUUAAUCGAUGGAACCCUUGUGAAAGUUGCUCCUCAUGUGACCCUCAAUAGUGUUCAGUGUGUAAUUUUUGCCCCGGAUCUAAAAGGAUUAAGUGAUGAAGAUAUUCUGGAGAACUUGAGUGACCAAAAAGUAAUGAAUGUUCGGCGUUUUACGCGUAAAGUGAAUGGUGAAAUUGUACCAACAAAUAUUUUUCUGCUUCGAAUCAAUGCUACCUCCAUUCCGGAGUUUAUUCGCCUUGGUGCUUUACAAGUAAAAACAAGAGCCUAUUACCCGAAACCAAUGCAGUGUUUUAAGUGUGGACAGUUUGGACAUACACAGAUUCACUGUAAACUGUCGCCUACCUGCACUAACUGUGGUACCCCUGCGCAUGGAGAGUGCACCGUAGAUCCCGUGUGCAUAAACUGCAAGGACAACCACAGCACCACGUCUCGUACCUGUCCCCGCUACAUUCAAGAAGAACAGGUCAUCAAGUACAAGAUCGACAACAACUGUUCUUACGGUGAGGCACGUAAAGUUCUGCUUAAUGCUACCCAUUCCACAAAUUCUAGUCCCAUUCAAAACCGCAUCACAUACGCACAACAGACACACACAGUAGAUGAAAAAGACACCCAAAUUGAAGAACUCAAGAAAAAGAAUGAAUCUCUAGAAAAAUGA